AAAAUUUGGUUAUAUAAAGCCAUCGAUAUGCAAUUCUGGAUGAUCAAAGAUUGGGCCAUGGACUUUUCCGCACGUGGUACAAUUACGAAUCAAUGGAAACCUACAUGGCGAGAAGAGACAGAUGCAACUUCAAGCUCUAUAAAGAGGUUGAUAAUAAUAAUAAAUGCGAAAAUGAGAAAAUUGGAAGUUCUCCUCAUAAAGACGGGAAUUUUGACUUUAGUAUUACAAUCGGAUGAUUCACAGGUACUUCAAUUAUUUCAUGAUAAUUAA